AUGGCCACUCCGAUUGCUAUCCCAGCCCUGUCCAGUAACAACUGGCGGCCCCCAUAUACCCCACAGUAUCCCAGCCCUGUCCAGGAACAACUGGCUACCCCCAUAUACCCCACAGUAUCCCAGCCCUGUCCAAGACCAACUGGCAACCCCCAUAUACCCCACAGUAUCCCAGCCUUGUACAGGAACACCUGGCGACCACCAUAUACCCCACAGUAUCUUAACCCUGUCCAGGAACAACUGGCGACCACCAUAUACCCCACAGUAUCCUGGCCCUGUCCAGGAACAACUGGUGACCCCCAUAUACCCCACAGUAUCCUAGCCCUGGCCAGGAACAACUGGCGACCCCCAUAUACCCAACAUAUCCCAGCCCUGUCCAGCAACAACUGGCCCUCAUAUACCCCACAGUACCCUAGCCCUGUCCAGGAACAGCUGGUGACCCCCAUAUACCCCACAGUAUCCCAGCCCUGUCCAGGAACAACUGGCGACCCCCAUUUAUCCCAAAGUAUCCCAGCCUUGUCCAGGAACAACUGGCGACCCCCAUAUACCCCACAGUAUCCCAGCCCUGUCCAGGAACAACUGGCGACCCCCAUUUACCCCAAAGUAUCCCAGCCUUGUCCAGGAACAACUGGCGACCCCCAUAUACCCCACAGUAUCCCAGCCCUGUCCAGGAACAACUGGCAACCCCCAUAUACCCCACA